GGUCGUCCGGAUCUUUAAAUAUACCAAACCUUCGUAAACGGGAUAGAAAGCUCCAGGAAAAUGAUCUUAAUGUAUUCACAAAAUAUCGAAAGCACGUUAAAGAUUCUCAUCAUAAACUAAGGUAGUAUAUAAAAGUUUGUUAUCGCUAUCGGACUAUAUUUCAAAUCUGAUUUAUAAAUAGGCAGCUCAGCUUAUUAAUAUAGCGCGUGGUGGUUAGGUUAGAUACUGACACAUGGCAUAUUACCUAUUGUUCCGCAGGUGGCAGAGCCGCAAUUGUUAUCGACGAUUUUUUCUUUCCAGAAAUGGUUAAGAAUCAUAAUUAAUAUCUUUGGUACGAAUUGGGGACACUUAUGUGAUUUCACAGUAAAGAAAGCUUCAGGCACCACGAGAUAUUAGGGUUCUGUGCUCCAAACGAGGAAGGAUGUGUCGGUUACUUUAAAGUUCAGUUAAGACUAAUAUGUGCAUAAUAACUCUACGCCGAGCCGUGUGAAGGAGACUCUCAACUUUAAGAAUAUCCUGUAGAUAGGCCACUCUUCUUCUUUGAUGAAAUAUGCAAGUGCGCCCUUAACGAUCUGCAGCAACGAACCGGCGAGGAUCGAUGAUCUAAGAGCUCCACUCAUAGCCACAGCACUUGAAACUACCAUUGAAGAAAUAAAGCUCUCUUGCGAAGGCUAUCGGGAGAAAAAGCAUGAGGCACAGAGAUUAUGUUAAAUCUCGCAGGAAACUAUGCUAUUUCUAAAUAACUAAAGUAGAUAUGCGUUGAACAUGCCUGGUAUGUAUGCUUAUUUAUUUUGUAAUUACUCUCUAUACAUUCAAAAGCGUUUUUCUGCUGUUAAUAAACAUUAAUGCUCUAGCAACAAACCAGGAGAAAUAGCCAGUUGGUGGGAAUUAUUGCAAAAAUCAUUCAGUGAAUAGUUCUAGGUUUUCUAACAUAUCUUUUUCAUCUAUAAAAGAGAAAAGUAGUAACAAGAAGUGACUUCCUAAAGAUGUGAAACAGUCUCUGGGCUCUGGUAGUAAAACUUUAAAUGGAAAGUUAAUAUACAAUAACGC